AUGGAAGACAAUAACACUCAUCUUUUCGGUCUCUCUCCAAUAACAAUUGCCGUUAUCGGCAUCGUAUUAGCUUCUGCCGGGCUAUUAAUCUACCAUUUCAUCGUGGUCCUAUUGCACAGCAGGUCAAGGGAUCAGCUAGCUCGAGAUCAAACAUUGCCCCAAGAUUCCAUCGCCAGUUUUCAAGACCUGCCAAGCAGCUUCGAAAAUUCGAUUGCAUCGCUUAUCCCUGCGUGUAAAUACACUAAUGACAUUGGUACGGUGUCGAAAUCUGAAGAUGUAACAUGUGCAGUAUGCUUAAGUGAGUUCAAGGAUGGUGAGGAAGUUAAGGUUUUGCCUGAAUGUUUGCACACAUUUCAUGUUUCUUGUAUCGAUAUGUGGCUAUCCUCUCACUCGAAUUGCCCGAUUUGCCGGACCGACAUGGGUGUCUCAACGCCAGCCCACCAACAGUCAGAAUCCGACACCUUUGGGAUACCGGAUUCUGGUGAACCACAGCGAGCAAUUUGA